AUGUCCUCCUACGUCCAGAAGAAGUUGGCCUCCGGCUCCAAGCUACACAUAUUCGUCACUGGAGCCACAGGCUACAUCGGGCAUGUCUUCACUGAAAAGGCCAUCGCCGCCGGCCACUCAGUCUCGGGCUUAUCAAGAACUGAGUCCGGUGACGCCGUUCUCAGAGCAUUAGGUGCCACACCCGUCCGUGGAGACCUGACAAGUCUGGACGUCUUAGCCAGAGAGUCCACCAAGGCAGAUGCCGUAGUGCACCUGGCUUGGGUCCACGACUUCGCCGCGGACCUGCAAAAGAUAGCCGACGGGGAUAUUGCGGCCACCGACGCCAUGAUGGAAGGUCUGGCCGGCACGGGGAAACCGAUCGUGACGGCGUCCGGCUGUGGUGGAUAUGAGCCGACUGCCGACGGGUCGCCUGCCACGGAGGAGACACCAAAAAGGAAGGGAACGCCGUUCAUGGAUGCGCGGAAACGAUCCGAGGACAACGUCUUGAACCGCACAGACGUUCACGGCGUGGUCAUCCGGCUGAGCCCCUACGUGUACGGCCGAGGGGGCAGGGGCUUCCUGAUGUUGUCCAUGAGCCAGGCGCUGAAAUAUGGGGAGAGUCUGUAUAUCGGAGAGGGGGAUAAUGUGACUAGCACGCUUCAUGUGGAUGAUGCGGCCGAUUUGUACUUGAGCGCCAUCCAAUACGCCGGUCAGGGGCAGCUAUAUAACGGCGUGUCAUCAAGCGAGACCACAUUGAGGCAGAUGGCCGAGGCUGUGGGUGAGGUCAUGGAAGUUCCUGUCAGAUCUAUUUCGUUUGGAGAGGCCGCUGAGAAAUGGGGCGAAUUCCUCGCGUUCUUUAACGCUCUCGAAACCAAGGUCUCUUUUGAGAAGGCGAAGCAGCAGCUGCACUGGUUGCCGAAGGGUGUGCCCUUCUUGGAAGACAUUGUUCGAGGAUCGUAUCGUGAUGUGGCAGCCCAAAUGAAGGCUGAAGGGAAGAAGAACCUGCCUGCCAUCUAUGGCUUCGGGAAGAAGGAGGACGGGCGGGUCUAG